CGCCUAACUGUCAUUCUUCAUUUAUCAUGGCGGAAGACGAGGAUGGUGUUUCGAAUAAAAAUUCACCACAAAAUUCAAAUAAUGGAGAAACAUCCCAAGAUAAUGAACAAAACGCGGCGAGGCCAGAUCUAGGUAUUGACGAAGCGAAGUAUAACAAGGAUGAAAAUGGCGAGGCGUCGUCGCCGGACGCGAAAUGUUCAACUUCCAAAUCGACGGGCGCCACUCGCAAGGAUGAGAACCCGUUUUCUUUUCGUCAUUUCUUGAAGCGCGACCUUUCGUUACCGGGUAACUCUACGUACGAAAACACGGGCGCGCGGCCCAAAGUUUACGCGAACACGGUGCAGCACUCGCCAACGAGGAGCGAGGCCGAGCCGCGCCGUGAUAAGCUUCGAGCCAUCGACACACAAGCCAAAGAGCGCGGCGGUGAGCCAGCCGCCCAGCGCGCCAGCGACAACACGUCCUCCAGUAGUUCCGUAGAGAUACCCUUUAGUGUAGUGAAUAACUCCGAGUCUAAGCAUAAUUUUUACACGGACAAUAACGAUGUACCGUUCUACCACAGACCAAACCUGGCAUCUGAGCCUCUAGGUAUGCCAUCACUGCCUGAUUUUGUGCAAGAUCACAUUCUAGUGGAGCAGGCAUAUCUCAAUUCGAAUGGGCCCAUAUCUGUUGACCUGGACAAUUUGCCUGACUUUACAUUUAACACUAGCUUCAAUGCCGGGUCUUCAUCAUCAUUAGGCAGGAGGAAUAAUAGCUAUGCGAGUAACAAAGGUUAUGAUUAUGAGGCUUAUAUGGGGGCCGCGUCUACCUCGAGUGAGUCUGGACAGGCCAGCCGCAGCAUCCCACUGGACCUGCCAUCUGGAGCUGAAGCAGCAGGGCCGGUGCCACUGGACCUGCCCGCACACUUGAGUUUGGAUCUCACAGAGUCAGUAAAUCCAGCUGACAGACGGAAUAUGUCGCCGAGGAGCACUUUCCCAUUAGAUCUGCCACCAAAUGCAGGCGCUGAGUCGAUGCGUCUGCCGGACUUCCUGCCGGUGCACCCGGGCAGGACGUCGCCGGAGCCCGAGCACCAGGACGAGCAGCUGCAGCAGAUCAUCUCUGAGUUGGAGCGUACUAGGUCGGAGUUGUUCGUGGAGCGCAGCCGGCGGUGCCGCGCAGAAGACGAGCUAGCCGCGGCGCGAGCGCAAGCGCAUGCGCACGCGCACGCUCUGCACGGUGCCGCACACGCCGCGCACUCCUCACACUCCUCACACACAUCCCCCAGCGAACAUAUACACUCGCCUUCAGACGAUGCUGGCCGAUCUACAGAGGCUGAAGCCACCAUAGCCAAACUAAGGAAUCAAAUUAAAAAAUUAAAGGAGGAGCUGUCGUGGUCCCGCGCUGAGUGUGCGCGACUGCGCGCCGGCCAGGCCAGCGCCGCCGCCGACCUGCGCCGCGCCGCCAGCGUCGCCGACACCUCGCUCAGAGAACUGCUCGCAGGCUUGGAACAGCUCAAGACCCUAAGCAACACGCUGGAGCCGACAUGAUGGACUCGCCAUCGUCCAACGUAACCGCUUAGUUCUCACCAGUGAGUCCCACACGUGCUGUCUUUCACACUCUACCUGCAGCGUCCAAAGAUUUGGGAUUGUCCAUAAAACACGUUUUACACGCUCAUAGACAAGGCAAGAAUUGGUCAAACGAUGCGUUUUUAGUGCCCGUCAAGGUGCCGACAUAGAGUACUUUAAUAUGCUGUCAAACAGAUCAUAACGUCAGAACGUAUCAUGCGCGUGAGCAUACGCUGUUUUAGGUAUUGGUCACACUACGUCAGCGCAUAGCUUUAUAGCACCUAAACGCGUUGUCUGACCAAGUCCUUACAUUUUAUUUCAUCGAAUACAAUUCCACAGACCCGCUGUAAGCGUCUGAUAGUUUUAUAUUUAUUUAUGUAAUUUACAAUUAUUGAUUUUAAAACUGUAUCAUUUUCUUACAUAAGUAGGUAAUUAUAACAGUUCCUUAUAUGUAAAAAAUAUAUUUAUUAGUGGAUUACGAAAUUGCCUUCUGAGUUCAUCCUCUAGCGUUAUAUUUAUACCUAUCUAUAUAUUAGGAUGUCAUAAUUAAAAUAAAUAAUCAUAGUUACAUUAUUUGCUCUGCAAGAUUUAAUAUUAUUUUUUUCCUCCAAUACUAUGCUUUGAAUCUCAAAAUAGACUAAAAACAACUAGCCUGGUUUUAAAAAAACAUUAGUAAUGAAAAGUUAAUUAGAAGUAACAUUAUUUAUAUUCAAUUUCGCAUGUAGAUAAUUUGCUUAUCAAUUUUUUGUUUUUCAGUCAUAUUUAGUACAUACUUAACUAGAUUAAAUAUAUAAUACCAAACGCGAAUUUCUCUUAUAAAUGUCUUUAUAGAGGCUGUUCCUGAUAAGUGGUAUAUUUAGGCUACAAAAUAUAUGUAGCCACAAAUCCCUCCUGAUUUUAGCGUAAUACCUCUUUUAUGGAGCACCCUAUAUAUCCAUGAAAUAGUCGGUGUUGUAGUUCAAAUUUUGUCAUCAAUAUAAAAUUAGUAGUAAAUUAGCUGAACCUAGAGUAACAAGCCAAAAAAUCUAUUUCCCAUUGUGACAAAUAUUUAUUUUUGAAGAUUUACUUUCAAAACUAUAUAAUAUGAUGUUUUCUGGUUGCAUGUCCCAAACCGUUCUCUUAUGACAUAUUAGGCAUACAUUUAUUUAUUUACAGUUAUGUUAACUUGUCUCAAGUAUACAUAUCUCAAGUCUCGACAUGUUUUUUUUCGAAUUUGCAAAUCUAUCGUCCAUUUUAGUGCAAAAAUGGUUGCAAAGCUUUUACGCUAUUAUAUCGGCCCUAUUGUCCCAUUGCUGGGCUUUCUCAACUACUGACGGUUUAGCCCUGAUAUCACUGACAGCCGAUUUCAAUUAUUCAGUCGGCAUGUUUAGAUUGAUCGUAUAAAUCGACCAAUCAGGGUAAAGUAUUUUCACAGGCUUACAAAUAUGUUUUUGAUUGGUUUAUCGGGAUCGGAUCGAGAUUAAGAUCGGCAUUGCUUACUGAAAUCGGCUGUAUGCUGGCCCUGGGUUUUGGAUAGUUACAUUAGACACUAACUUUUUCAUUUAUGUUCCUAAAUAAAACACUAAAUAAGUUUAGAUAGUCCAUCCAAUUAAUCUCAGGUUGUUGAACGGCAGCAAAAACUUGUAAAUGGCAUUAUAUUUGUAAUUCGUUAAGAAUUUGCGGGCAAAACGUUGACGGAACGAAAUGAUUUCGAUUCCACAUCGAAUCAAAUGCUUGUGUGGUUUCCUAAUAGUUAAUAGAUAUUGUGGGAUUGAUAAUGCUUCGUGGUUUUUAAAAGUUAGUAGGUAUGACUCGAUAAUUGGUUGUUUGAUGGCUGUAUUUACAAUUGAUUUGUAAAAAUCUCUUCCACUUACAAGGUUGUCAUCGAAGGUCUUUAACAAUUAAAUACACAUCAGUUUCCAUACAUUUUUCUGUAAUGUAUAUCGUUUUUAUGGACAAUUCUUUAAAAAAUCAAUACAAUUCUAAAUAUAUAAGUUUUUAUAAUGAUUUAAGAAUGGUAAAGAACAAUUUCUUUUUAUAAAAUCUCGAGUAACCUUAAAAUGAAUAAAUAUCACUUGGUCUAUUUUGAAGCUGUUUUUUUUUAUUUACCCAAAAAUAAAAAUGUGUAAGAAAAUUCUAAAAUUAAUUUUAGGCUACUUAUUAUGAAUGGACCAAGUGGUACAAUGGAGGGGUUAAAUAUAUCCAUAGUGUAGUUUUUGUUAUGACAUACAAUAGUGAUAAUAUGUUGUAAAUUAUGUUUUAAAUAUAAUGCAAUGUUUUUUUCUCGAAGAAAAAAUAUAUGUAUAACUCAAGUCGGCAUGUGCGACUAUCGACGCGAUGUCCCGUUUAUCGACUUUAUAUUUGGACUCCAUGUCCUCGUCAUGAAGGCCACUGCCGCGCCAGGAUAAAAAGGGAUUCCGUUGCUGCUAUCCGUAUUUAUAAUAUCUUGAAGGUACAGAGGAAACAUGAGACGUGUGACGUUUUAAAAAAAUAUCGAUAUAUCAAAAAUGAUGUCUUUUAUAUUGUAUUCAUCACAUUUUGUAAAAUAAUACUUAUUUCACCUUUUUUCAAAAGGAAUAUUUUCAGAUUGUCAUUUCGAACUAUUAAUAAUUUUGAAUUUUGUCGACAUAUGUAUGGUAACAUAUUUGUGUCGUUAUUUAUAUUUUGUGUGACAUUCCUUGUUUUCCCCUGUUCUUCGUAUAUAUUCGACUUUGAUGUUUUUACUCUUAUUGUAGAACUCUGGAAGGAGCUCCAGUCUUGUAAGCCCUUGCUAAUUUUUCUACUUCAUGUAUUGUGUUAUAUGUGGUAAUAGUGACGUUUGAGAAAUAAUACUGUAUCGACAAUAUAUUCGGAUUUUAAGUCCUAGAAAAUUUUAAAGCCUUCAGUAUAUUAAUAUGUGAACUUAAAUAUAUAUAUACUACAGCUGUUAUACGUUUACUUAUCGAUAUAUUUCCUAAUCGAGUCAAUGAAACAAACAUUCAGUUAGUCAAAAUAUCGAUAGUAUAUCAUCCUUUUUUAAUCAGAAUCCACCUAACACCCAAUUCCAUGAAUUAGUAAUUACAAUUUUCAUAAAUAUAAUAAUUUCGCCAUCAAAUUUUCUUGUUAUUUUAAAUUAUUUCAGUAUAUACUACACAUACAGAAACGCAUGUAUAUGUUCCUCAAAGAUUAAACAGAAGUAAAGGUAGCUUUUUUAUUAAUUCUAGAAUAUCUUUAUCCAGAAUAUUUAAUUAUAUCAAAUGCGGUGUUAUUUCUCAACCGGGAUGUGUGUUGUAAAAAAUAAUCAUUAAAUGUAAAUAUAAGAACGGUGUAGUGUACAUUUUGUGCAGUAGUUAUGGGGCGUGUUUAUUGGGUGUUGUAUUGGCAACUGACUUGAAUGCAUGUGUUAUGUUAAAAUAUAUUUAAAAAGAACUGCAUCAGUGGCGUAGUUGAUCUGCAUGCGCGGUACGACAGCGCUCUGAAGUCCUGGGCUCAAAUCCCAGGUCGAGCAAAGUAAUAUUUGGGUUUUUCUACUCAGUAUGAGGCCGGAGUCUGGAAUUUGGGCCCGAUAUGGUGAUAGGCUCACCCCCUAUCACAUCAUGGGACGGAACACACUUGGCGAAAAGUGGGUGCCCUGGUUGCACCUCUGCAUGAUGUUGUUGUGUAUAUUUUAAAAACUUAUCAAAAGCGAAUGUCCAAAAGCAUUCAUUACAUCACGUUUGGAAAUGUAUAUUUUUGUGUUACGAUUAACUUAGACGACCGAUUUUUGUCGGUGACCGAUUUAUCGGAAACGUUUAUCGAAACUGAUAAUGUAAAAUGAGACGCACUCUCUUCCUACACCAAAUUUAAUUAAACAGCAUUAAGGAUUAAACGGAUUAAUAAUAUUUUACAAUUAAUUUUACUCUUAAAAAGUAUGGUCCCUGAAUAAGAAUAUUAUUUACAGUAUACGCUUUUAAUUUCGUGAAACGUUCCGCAUCGGUCGUCUGAGUUAAUUAUUUUUAUCGAUUGCAAACAUUGUCUACAAGUUUGGUUAAGGGCCUACGCACACGACGUGUUUUAAAUGCGCUUCAAACUCAACUUAGACGCGCAAAAUUCUAUCCAGAUUCCAGUCUGAACUAGACUUAUACAAAGACAAAAGGGUGCGUUUAGAAGUGGUUACAAAAAUGUAUGUACAGGCCUUAACAAUAUUCAGUUUUGUAACUCAUACAUUAAUACAGUAUUACAAUGUGAUCGUUAAAGCUUUUUAGUUUAUUAAUUUUAAAGGCAAUGUUAAUUAUCUAUUCUAUUGACCUUGAAUAUAUUCAUAAAGCAAUUACAAUUAACUGUCGCGCUUUUUAGAUUAAGCCACACUUGUUUUAAUUAUUUGUGUUGCUGAACAUCGAAUAAAGCAUCGCAUACACUGGGCAUCAUUUGAUGCGCAACAUGUUUGGUAAAUGUUUGUUACAAUCUGUAUUACGUGAUUCGUAUACUGCGGCUUUAUUAUGCGCUGUGCUUUGCCAAACAUAAUGUGUUUGGCUUGAUAUGCAGUCUAGUUAUCUUUUUGUGGAAUUCUUAAUAUUGUUUUGAAUUUUAUUGCGAUUGUGAUACUUUUCAGCCUUUCUGUAGAUUCACUGUAGUGUUUGCUUUUUGUGUUACCAUUUCUCAUAUAUGAAUAGUAAUUCUACAGAAUAAAUAUAGCAUGGAGUUAGUUGCCAAAAUCGGCCGAAACAAGAUCGAGAGUGAACGAAGCGAAUGAAAGAUUGUAUUGUAUAAUAUGAAUGAAUAGCGGUAAAUGAAAAAAUUGGAAAAUUCACGAUUGCUAUUUUGGCACGAAAAUAUAUGUUUGUAUAUUACUAAAUUGUGGCUCUGUUGGAGGGGGGUUGGGACCGAAUGGGUUUGGCAGCGAAGGUUAAAUAUUUUUAUGUUAAUAUAUAUUUAUGUACGAUACUCUAAAUGUAACUUAUGAGAGCCUGAUUAAAUAAUUUUGAUUUUGA